GGGGCGUGGACAUUCCUCGCAAAUUUUACUCAAGAAACCAACAAAUCCCGCUUGAGAACAGCACGCCACCGCAGUCCUCCCCACACGCCACCACGUGUCAGACAUCCCACGCCGGCGACUCGAAAUAAACAGCGUCCGCAGCGCACCAACAGGUCGGCGGCUGCCGUGGCGUGAUUGCCGCAACGUAACGCGCCCCGUCAACGCCUGAAUAUCACGCUCCGAAGCACCCAAUGGACUGACCACUUGAAAGGACGGACACAGCGCAGAGACAAAAAGUCGCAGAAAAUGAGAACAAAAAAGAAUACAAUCUUUCAUUUCAGAUGUCACACAACUGUGCACCCCACGACAAUUCCGUAGGGAAAAAAUAAAGUUCUCUUUUCCAAUUUCCCUCUCUCUCUCUCUCUCUCUAAUUUUUCGCUCUGACAGAUCCGUUCAACUGUGGAAUGGAGUAAAGUUGGAGGAGUGAGAUGGGGACCAUGAAGAUCACAGUUUUGGGUUCUUCUGUUUGUUGUUCUUUAAUGGGGUUGUGGUGAUCAUCAUCUGGGUGUUGCUUCUGUGUUUUUUUAUUUUUGGGUUUGGUGGGUGACACAGAGGGGUUUAGGGUUUUGUCUGCGGAGAUGGAAUCGGGUGGGUCCGAGACGGCGAGUCCGAUGACCCACCGGGCGCAAUCCCUGGCGGCCGCCGAUACGCGGGGGAAGCAUCGGAUUCUGGCCGAGGUCAAGCGUUUGGAGCAGGAGGCUCGGUUCUUGGAGGAAGAGCUGGAACAGCUUGAAAAAACUGAAAAAGCAUCUGCAGCAUGCAAGGAAUUGUUGGCUAAUGUGGAAACAAAGCCUGACCCAUUACUACCAGUAACGGUCAGCCCUAUAAAUCCAUCCUGGGAUCGAUGGUUUGAAGGUCCACAAGAUUCAAAAGGUUGCCAAUGCUGGAUACUGUAAUGAUUCGCCAAGAUAUCAAGAAAGCUGCCAUCACAAAUUAUGCAAUUAUGCCUAUUGUUACAUUACACUUGCCAUUUUAGAGCAAACUUUAUUGUUCAAUGUGAAAUGAAAUGCUCCAUUGUGCAUAAAA